UAUUUACUUAAAUUAGUAUCCUAUUUAUUAAGCCGAUUCAAACGAUCAAUAAUUUCGCACUUGGUACAAUACACAUAUGUUUUGCAAGGUUUCUGCUAAUGAUUAAAACAAAAUAAUGAAGAGCAAUAAAAUUAAAGUAACUUGUUUAUUUUUCUUUUGUCUAAGCAAUAUUUAUUAUGUGUCUACCGAGCCAAUUUCUAUAAUAGCAGGGUCGUCCAUACUCAUUGGUUCAUAUUUUGGAUGGGAUGCAAUAAAGUCCAACACAAUUUGUCAUUUCACGGAAUGCUGCGAUAAAAAAUACGUGCCAUAUGAUAUAAACAAACUAAAAGAAUUACUAUCACAGAAAAUGUUUGGUCAACCUCUUGUAACCGAGUUAAUAAAUAUUUUGAGUGCUCAUAAAGAAGCUUUGCAUCAUGACACUAAAAGGAACAAGAAAGCUCUCGUAAUAAGUUUGCAUGGUUGGUCUGGGGUGGGCAAAAACUAUGCUACAAGUAUGAUAGCAGAAUCUUUGUUCAUUAAGGGAAUGGAGAGCAAAUUUGUGAAAAUGUUUAUGGGAAAAAAAGAUUUUGAUUGUACUAAAAUACAUGAAACGCAGAUGAAACUGAUCCAUGAUGUCAAAAUGAUUGUUAAAGAUUGUCCAACUUCAUUAAUUAUAUUUGAUGAAAUCCAUGAAAUGUGUCCAACUAUUCUUGAUGCAAUUAAACCCAUGUUAGACCAUCACCAUGCAGUUGAUGGAAUAGAUUUUAGGGAUAGUAUUUUUGUUUUUAUUUCCAAUAUUGGUGGAAAAGAAAUAUCUAGUAAGCUCUUGGAAUUAUAUAAUGAAGGUUUAAAGAGGAAUGAAGUAGAUUUUCAAAACUUUGAACCAAUUAUAAGAAGAACAGCAUACAGUACAGGUGGUUUUGAAAAAUCUGCUACCAUAGCUCAAAAUUUAAUAGAUCACUACAUACCAUUUUUACCCCUAGAACAACAACAUGUUGAGACAUGUGCAUUAGCUGAAUUUAGAGCUCAUGGGGUAUAUCACCCAACAGAAGAAAUGAUGGUAGAUGCCUUGUCAGUUAUUACAUAUGGACCUACAGAGGAUCAGCCUAUUUUUGCAAAUAAUGGUUGUAAAAGAUUUACAAAACAAAUUCCAUAUGUAAUACAGAAACACAAAGUCAAGAGUGAUUUAUGAAUGGUUUAAAACCAGUUGUAGAAAAAUUACUAAGGUCUUAUUAUUGUUUUACAAAAUAACAGCUUAUAAAGCUAAUGUCUCACUUACUAUAAAUGGCAACUGAGUACCUGUACCUGAAUGUUUAAUUUUAAAAUUCUUGUUUCUGUUGUCUGAUUGAUUUAAAUACAGAUCCAAGUGUGAGUAUGGAAGAUGGACUGGUUUAUAAUAGAUACGAAGAAUCUCUUCUGGAUUUCAAAGUUAUAUCAUUCAUAUAUGUAUUUAUAUUUGUUCUUCAAUCCUAACCAAGAUACAUGAAUCAACAGCUACUGUAAAAUACCUCAUCACAAGCAAUCAUCAUACUUGUAACUAGUAAUUUAUAUCAGUUCAAAAGACACAAUCUCUUAUAACAACAUCGAAGGGACUACUCAAUACUCAUAUUUGGUCGUAAAAACAGAUAGUCGUAACAGCCAAUGUUGUUAUUAAGUACCUAGUAGAAUAGAAUUCAGCAAUAGCAGAAUUUUGGACAAUAUAAGCAGUAUGUUGUUCUAAACAAUGUCGUCAUAAAUGGUUUUGACUGUAUCUGCUUUUGUGAAUUGAAUUACAAGUAACAAAUUUUUACCAACCAUCUCACUUAUUGACCCAGAGACAUUCCUUUAGAAAAAUAAUAAUGUAACUGUGUUAUUGUCAAAGAAAAAUUGUAAUAUUUAAGAUAUAAAUAAAAUUUGCCUGUUAGUAAAUAUAU